AAACCUUCAAAAGUCAGACUACUUCACGCGAGAGAAACGCAUCUCUGAGACAUUUACGGAAGCGCGUCUAUCCUCACCAAGCGCCUCUGUGCGCUCUCCUCUGCACCUUUGUAGUCUUGGGCAACUGUUUAUAGACAAGUGACAGUGACUAAAUAUUAAAUAUUAUAUUUUCGACCCGUCUUAGCGUCAUCGUGACUUAUAAUGACAACUGUUUCAUUUGUACAACCUCGUAGAGUGGUGGAGCAAACUGAUAGAGUUUGACCAGUUGUAAAUAGCUGGAAGCAUAAGAACUACAUAGCUGGCACUUUAUCAGCCAAAAUGAAGACGAUCUGUGUCUUCUGUCUUUUUUAUGCAGCUACGUUGACAGAUGGACUCAAGCUAAUCAAGGUAGAAGGAUUCCAGGGGAGAAAUGUCUCCUUCCAGUGCCCACACAAACUUGCAUGGGCAUAUGAUAAAUACCUUUGCAAAGAUCCAUGUACAAGCAGGGAAGACAGGCUGGUUACUGUGAAAUCUGGCGGGAGAGCGGAGUCAGGGAGGAUAACUCUGGUGGACUCUGGGGAUGGAUCCUUCACUGUGACCUUCAGUCAUCUCCAGCUGUCAGACUCACAGAAUUACUGGUGUGCAGUGGACAGGCCUGGUUUUGACACAUAUACCGAGAUACAGCUUACAGUAAAGACAGCUGUUGAAACUAAGACAACUGUCAUGCCUGAUGUUUCUACCAUAUGGACAUAUGAGAAUACCAACACAACACAGUUAACAACUGGAUCAGACAACGUUGAACCUGAGCCUACAAAUUUUUCAACAGCCUCAGUUGUCACUGAUGGAGAACCUAAAAUCCACACAGGCGCUGUGGUGUCUGCUACAAUCGGAGGCGUUGCUAUAAUCUUUCUCUUAAUGCUGACAGUAUGCUUCAGGAAGUACAGAAAAACCCCAAAACCACAACUACAAGUUCACGUCAACAGCACAGAUCUCGGUAGUGCACAUGAACAAGAGGUCACCUUUGGGUAUAAUGACACUGGCAAAGGGGUAGAGCGUAUGCAAAAGUUACCAGAGAGUUCCUCUGUCCAUACUCACCAACAACGACUGAAUCCACCAACAUCUGAACCAGCAUCCAAAUGUAGCAUACCCCUUCAUAUCUAUGAAAACAUCUCUUUCUCUAGACUUCCAGAAAAUUCCGGACAUUUAUCCAUGGAGGACCAGAAUGACCAUGAUGAUAACUCUAGGAUUUACAUAAAUCCUUUGCCAGAGACCCCUGUGAAUCCACUGAAGAGAAGCCCAGAACACUCUGGUUCGGUUUAGAUUUAUCAGGAAUAAAUCAGCAUUAAUCUCAAAAAUUUGAUUUAUCUAAUUUUUCCUGGACAUUUGUGGAUGAGUGAGCUUCAGCAGUUGGAAGCAACACCUAUCUUCAUCAUUAAGGUUUUACACUAAAUGGUGCUAUUACUGUGUUUGGUUUAUGUCUGUUUCUUUAUGCAUGUAUCUUAAUCAAACUUACCUUGCAUUCAAGGAUGAAAAUCUGUGUGAACUACCCUUUGAUCCAGUUAAUACUUCUGUUUACGGUCAAGUGAAGUGCCUGUGUACAUUUUCAGUGAAGAAAUGCAUUUACCAGAUAGACUUUGUAUUUCCUUUUUCU